AUGCAUGAAGCUAUCAUGCGAAAUCAGAAGAGGAAGCCUGAUGUAUUUGAUGAGGAUUAUUCUGUUGGUCAUCAGGAGGGAGAGGAUUUGCCUAAAGAGAUAGAAAGUGGAGGGCAACUCCAGUCUGGUGUACCAAGGCCCCCAACUAUAGACUCCUCAAUAAAGAACCUUGUACCAAGUUCUGGGACAUCUUCCAAAAGGAAUAAAGCUAAUGUUAUUACACAAGUGGCAGUAAAGGGUCCGAUAGAUUCUUAUCUUAGACGGACUCCUGAAGAAAUAGUUGGUGAGAGGAGGUCUAAAGGUUCUACACAGACAACAAUACAAAGCAGCUUAAGAUCAAAUGCAGACAGAAAGAAAACUAAUGCAUAUGUUGCAAAAUGGUUUUAUGAAGCUGGCAUCCCAUUCAAUACUGUCAAGUUAAGGAGCUUUGAGGAGAUGGUUGAAGCCAUUGCACAAUUUGGGUCAGGAUAUAAGCCCCCUUCUUACCAUGAGUUGAGAGUGCCCUUGCUACAGGAUGAAAAAGCUCAGAUUGACUAUGUAUCUAGUGAGUCUCAAUAUGCAGCCAUGUUAUUUCAGCUGCUUGAUAGUAAAAUUGAAGAAAUUGGGGAGGAUAAUGUGGUACAAGUAGUUACAGACAAUGCAGCUAAUUAUGUUGCAGCUGGUAGAAUGAAAAAGACAAAUGGAAUAGAUCUGGUGAGGUCUGGAGUUACAAGAUUUGCUAUCUCAUUCUUGACACUACAAAGUUUGUACAAGAACAAGGAUGCCUUAAAGCAAUUAUUUGUAUCUGAUGAUUGGAAUAGUUCUAAGUUGUCUAAGACAGAGGCAGGUAAGAAAGUACUUGAGACAAUACUUGCACAAACAUUCUGGAACAGUGUAUUAGAUUACUUAAGAGCAUCCCAACCAAUUUUAGUUGUCUUGAGGUUAAUAGAUGGUGAUGAGAGGCCUGCAUUGCCUGAAGUUUAUUUGACAAUGGAAAUAGCAAAAAAAAAGAUAAAAGUAAAUUUUGCCAACAAAGAACGGUCAUGGAAGAAGGUGUUAGCAAUUAUUGAUGAUCGUUGGGAGGUCCAAAUGGAUCGACCUUUAUAUGCUGUUGGCUUUUACCUAAAUGCUAGCAAAUAUUUUGACUACAUCAAUGAUGAGAGACUCCCUUUUGAAGAAUCAUGUAAAAUACAAGAUGCAUUCAUGUCAGUUAUUGAAAGAAUGGUGCCCGACUUAACUGUGCAAGACAAGAUCAUACGUGAGUCUCAAAUGUACAGAAAAUGUGAAGGUAGCUUUUCAAGGAGUUUGGCUUUAAACAACGGAUAG